CCUCGCCCCGCCCCACUCCACAGCCGCGCUGAUGGCCCCACCCUGCGACUAAGCGGAGGGAAGGUAACGGCCGCUGCUGUUCCCGCUCCGCUCCGGAAGGGCAGUGCCGGGCGGGAAGCUGAGCUGAACGGAGCGGGUAGGAUGGCGGCGCCGGGGCUGACCGAGGCGGCUGCUCAGUGGCUGCGCUGGGACAAGAAUACUAAAACCUCAGAAAUAGUGAAGCAACUGGUUGCUGAAAAAAAUGCAGGAGAACUACAAAAAUGUUUUAGUUCACGGAUGGAGUUUGGGACAGCAGGACUCAGAGCAGCCAUGGGGGCAGGAAUUUCUCACAUGAAUGACUUGACUAUUAUCCAGACAACUCAGGGAUUUUGCAGGUACCUUGAAAAGAACUUCAGUGACCUAAAGAAAAGAGGGGUAGUUAUUGGUUUUGAUGCUCGCGCCCAUCCUUCAAGUGGAAGUAGCAGCAAGAGGUUUGCAAGGCUUGCUGCAACAACUUUCAUCAGUCAGGGAAUUCCAGUGUACCUCUUCUCCAAUAUAACACCAACACCUUUUGUGCCCUACACAAUAACUCAUCUGAAACUUUCUGCUGGAAUUAUGAUUACUGCUUCCCAUAACCCAAAACAAGAUAAUGGUUACAAGGUUUAUUGGGAAAAUGGUGCACAGAUAACCUCACCUCAUGACAAAGGAAUCUCUCAAGCUAUCGAAGAGAACCAAGAGCCAUGGCCUCAGGCUUGGGAUGACAGUCUGGUUGACAGCAGCUUGUUACUUCAUGAUCCUUAUGUCACUAUCAAUAAGGACUACUUUAAAGACAUACAAAAGCACUGCUUUCACAGGAAUAUAAACAAGGAAACAAAGCUGAACUUCAUCCACACUUCUGUGCAUGGUGUAGGCCAUGAAUUUGUGCAGUCAGCCUUUAAGGCAUUUGACUUUAAACCUCCAUUGGCUGUUCCUGAACAGAAGGAACCUGAUCCAGAAUUUCCAACAGUAAAGUACCCAAAUCCUGAAGAGGGUAAAGGUGUACUGACGUUAUCUUUUGCUUUGGCUGAAAAAGAAGGGGCUGGAAUUAUUUUAGCAAAUGACCCAGAUGCUGAUCGACUUCUUGUUGCAGAGAAACAAGAAAGUGGUGAGUGGAAAGUGUUUUCUGGCAAUGAGCUGGGAGCUCUUUUAGGCUGGUGGAUCUUCACUUGCUGGAAAAAUCAGAAUCAAGACCCUACUGCCAUCAAAGAUGUGUACAUGUUAUCCAGCACUGUCUCUUCCAAAAUCUUGAGAGCAAUUGCACUGAAGGAAGGCUUUCACUUUGAGGAGACAUUGACAGGUUUCAAGUGGAUGGGAAAUCGAGCCAAGCAGCUCACGGACCAGGGGAAAACUGUUUUAUUUGCAUUUGAAGAAGCUAUAGGAUAUAUGUGCAGCCCUGUUGUCCUGGACAAAGAUGGCGUCAGUGCUGCUGUUAUAACUGCAGAGAUGUCUAGUUGGCUAGCAACCAAAAUUUUGUCUUUGUCUCAGCAGCUGAAAGCUAUCUAUGAUGAGUAUGGCUACCACAUUACUAAAGCUUCAUAUUUUAUCUGCCAUGAUCCUAAGACUAUUAAAGAGCUAUUUGAGAAACUUAGAAAUUAUGAUGGAAAGAACACUUACCCAAAAUCAUGUGGCAAAUUUAAAGUUUCUGGAGUAAGGGAUCUAACUACUGGCUACGAUAGCAGCCAGCCUGAUCAAAAGGCGGUCCUUCCUACCAGUAAAAGUAGCCAGAUGAUAACAUUUACUUUUGCUAAUGGAGGGGUAGCUACUAUGAGGACCAGUGGGACAGAACCAAAAAUCAAAUACUAUGCUGAACUCUGUGCGCCUCCUGGAAACAGUGACCCUGAGCAAUUGAAGAAGGAAUUAGAUGAGCUGGUCAGUGCUAUCGAAGAGUAUUUCUUUCAACCUGAAAAAAACAAACUGCAGCCCAAGGCAGAGUAAACAAUUAAGAUGGUUUCCUUAAUUGCACUGUCUUGCAGCAUGUUAUGGGCAAAACCCUACACUAUUUAAAAAGUAGGGAUUUUUAAGGACCAAAAAAAAAAAAAUUAUUAAAAUAUAUGUCCUUACCAAUAUGUGUUCCACAUCCUCUUUGGUCUAAUGUCUUCUUUUAUCUGGGUAAAUCAAGGGAUUCCUUAUAAAAACUAGCAACCAAAUAUUGUCUGAUACAAUGCAAAUAUGUUUCACUAAUCAAGUCUUGUUCUAAUAAAAUAUUGUAUUGUACUUGCCUUGCCUUAAUUUCUGUAAAUGCAGUCUGCUUUUUACAUGUAUGCAGCCUAAUUUGAUAGCAAUGUAACGACCACGUUUUUGAUGAUGGGGAACUAGAUAGCGCUGCAUGAAUAUGUCUAGUUUUAUCUUUGCAAGGCAGGCUAGUUGUGUAACUAAGGGGCACUGGAAAUCUGUAGGUAAUUUUGGUAAAAUCAGGGUAGAUGUCCCUAGAAGAGCAGGUUUCCAAAAGUGAUUUUUAGCCACAAUAGCAGGAUUUUACUGGGGUUGAUGGUGAAUUUGUAGGUGUUGAUAAAGUGCUUGACCACCACACUUUAUUUAAUAAUGAACCAUGUGGACAUGUUUUACUGCUAUAAGACAAUAAUAAUAUGGUACAGGAGUAAGGUUGUAUACGAUACUAGUGUGUGGGAAGCCAUGUGAUGCAGUGAUGUUACAUUUACCUUACACAGAAGGAGUGCUCCCCAAGUUACACAUUUCAGCUGGUAUUAUUUAUACAUAAUACAAGUGGUAUAUCUCUUUACAUGUCACUAAAAUCCAACCCAUCAGUUUGUCCCAGCUCCCUAACUUGUUGUUCUGUUGUUUUAGAUACUAGCAUUCUAG